AUUGCUUUCCAGUACCAGGGCAUUUAGCCGAGCAGAUUGAGUUUCUUUUACACCCGGAGAUGAUCUCUCUCGACGGCGCCUGGUGACGAGUGGCGUGGAGGGGGGGCGGCAGCAUCAAACAAACAAGAGACAUGAGCAUGCAUACAAACCGCCAUCAUAACAAGAUGGGAUGCAGCACAGCCGGGAUGGUGAAUUACUGUGCUGUCGAAUGAAGAAUUGGUGGCGCUGGACCUCUAUAUUUUUUGUCCACUAAACCAUGGGAAGUGCAGAGGAAAUGCACGGAUGGACAGUAAAAAUGAGCAUGCCGAGUGUUUUGGCCAUGGUGACGGCCUUUUCUAUGAUUCCUGGCGGGGUUCUGAGCGGUACUCAAGGUCUGGAAGCCCAACAAAUGGCCCAGGGGUCCACUCAUUUGCACCGUCGCCUGAAGAGAGGCUGGAUCUGGAAACAGUUUUUAGUCCUGGAGGAAGCUUCUCCCCACUUUAUUGGCAAGCUCAAAUCUGACUCUGACCGAGGGGAGUUUUCUAUCAAGUACAUAUUAUCGGGAGAGGGCGCCGGGGACGUGUUUGAAAUGGAUGAGUAUUCCGGCGAUAUCCGGACCCUGAAGAAGCUCGACCGUGAGGAAAAGGCCUUCUACGUCCUUCAAGCCCAGGCGAUCAACAGGAGGACCAAUGAACCGGAGGAGCCCGAGUCGGAGUUUAUCAUCACGGUGCAGGACAUCAAUGACAAUGUCCCCCAGUUCCAGAACGAGCCGUAUGUGUCCAGCAUCCCUGAGAUGUGUGAAACCGGGACCACGGUGGCCCAGGUGACAGCCACAGAUGCUGAUGAUCCCAUGUUUGGAAACCACGCCAAGCUCAUCUACUCCAUCCUGCAGGGGGAGCCCUACUUCUCCGUGGAGCCAAAGACGGGGAUCAUCGUAACAUCCUGGCCCGACAUGGACCGCGAGGCCAGGGAGCAGUACCUGGUGGUGGUGCAGGUGAAGGACAUGCUGGGCCUCAGCGGCGGCUACUCCGCCUCCACCACGGUCACAGUCAGCCUGACUGAUGUCAACGACAAUGGGCCCACAUUCCAGCACCACCUGUAUGCUUUCGCCGUUCCUGAAAAUGCAGCUGUGGGCACCACGGUUGGCAGGAUCAUGGCAAGGGAUGCAGACGUCGGCAUCAAUGCCAGGAUGACUUACAGUCUGGAGGACGACCUGGAGGAAAGCUCUACUUUUAUUAUCGAGACGGACCCGGUGACGCAGGAGGGAGUGGUCGUGCUAGCCAAGCCGUUGGACUUUGAAACUAAAAGACGUUUUGUCAUGGCUGCAGAGGCAGUCAAUGACCACGUGGACCUUCGCUUUCUGACUCUGGAGGAGUUCCGGGACAGGACCACGCUCAAGAUCGUUGUGGAGGAUGUUGACGAGCCGCCCGUCUUCCUCGCUCCGGUCUACGAGUUGAAAGUUCCCGAGAAUGCGGCUGUGGGGACUGUCGUUGGCAGCGUUGGCGCCAGAGACACUGACAUAGUCAACAAGCCCAUCAGAUAUUCAAUCGACAGAAGGAGCGAAGCCGCAAAAGUUUUCAGAAUCGACCCGAACAACGGGACUAUAAGUGUCACUAAGGCUCUGGACAGAGAGACUUCAGACUGGCACAACUUGACCGUUGAAGCAAAGGAAAUAUCGCAGAACCAUUUAUCCUCCUCUGUGGUGGUGUUCAUCAAAGUGCUGGACAUAAACGACAAUGUGCCAAGGCUUGCAAGAGAUUACCAGCCAUAUAUCUGUGAGGGAACGCAGUCGGGAGAAGUAAUUCAGCUGCUCAGCGCUGUCGAUCCGGACGAGCCUGUGGAGGGACACCACUUCUACUUCUCCAUGGUCCCCGACAAGAACAUCAAUCCAAACUUCACCAUCAGAGAUAAUCAAGAUAAUACAGCCGGCAUCGUCGCACGCAGGAGCACUUUCACCCGCAAGGACCGGACCCAGUAUCUCCUGCCCGUCGUGGUGACGGAUAGCGGCUCUCCGGCUCUCUCCAGCACCAACACCCUGACCAUCAGUGUGUGCAGCUGCCAGCCCGCCGGGCACUGUCCCUCAGGAGGGGUGGAGGCCCUCGCCCUGUCGAUGGGGGUCAGCCUGCAAACCUUGUUAGGGCUUCUGGUCUGCCUGGUCACGCUCACAGUGCUGUCAGUUCUAAUGCUAAUGCUGAGGAGACACAGGCGGAAGCAGCAGGAGGGACUGGAGGUGGAGGCGAAGGAUCUGGAGCUGCCCGAGAUGGUGUCGCAGAAGGUGCUGUAUUACGGAGAACCGGGGGGUUUGGGAGCAGACCUGGACUUCUGCCAGCCUGCCGUGCCGCUGCGCCACCACCCCAGGAGGAGGGAGAGGAGGCUGCGGAGGGAGGACGUCAGGGCGAGCAUACGGAUGUCCCUGCGAGAGUCCCACCUCAUCGGGCCAGAGGACGACGUCUUCAGGCAGUUUAUUCUGGACAGGCUGGCGGAGGCUGACCAGGAUCCUCACGUUCCCCCAUUCGACUGCCUAAGAACCUACGCUUAUGAAGGGUCUGGGUCUCCCACAGGGUCCCUGAGCUCGCUGGACUCGUUUACUUUGGAGCUCAGACCUGAGCCGCCUGUUAGCAAUCCCAGACCCUGCCUGGUUAGACUCACCCCGUGGUACGGCCCGGGAGAGGAGGACACCUUCUGAGGGGCUCUGCUGGCUGACCUAAAGUCUGUGUUUGUUUCGCUCAACCUUCUUCCAUAAAUUCAAAGCUGCAUUAAUUUAUAUGUGGUUGCUUGGGAACAGUGGCACAAACACGACACAUUAAGAAACUGUCCGUGGCGGACGCGACAACAUGGGCAUUCAUUGGCGGUCAGAUAUCCCUUCUUCUUCUUCUUCUUCUUCUUCUUCUUCUUCUUCUUCUUCUUCUUCUUCUUCUUCUUCUUCCAGCUCCGUGCUUCGUUCUCCACCAACUCCUGAGAAAAAUCACACGACUUUAGCCUGUAGCUGCUCCACCGUGUGUAGAUGGGUGCUUUGUUUUGUCUGCUGUGUUGCACUGGGCAGGUGGUGCACUGUGAGUGUUUUUAUUGAACAUACACAGGUUGCUGAUUCUUCCUUGGCUUGAAAACCAAACAAUGACCAAAAAGAAGCUAAAUUGCUGUUCAAGCUUCGGGGAAAUGCAAAGAUAAUAUUGAUUCAUGCAGCUCUAACCAAUCAUUUCUAGCUUUAACCAAACUUAAAUAUAUUAUUUAUAGAAUUCAGCCUCUAAAUGUGGCUUUCAGUCUCCCCCCUACCACUGUUUUCAUAUUACAACAUUGCUGUCGUUCAAAUCAUCUGCCCCCACAAGCAUUUGCCAAUUUGUGCACUACACAACAUUGCUAAUGUGAGCUAGCAAAGUUUACCUAACUUUUCUUACGCUAGCCAUCAUAUGUUAACGUGUGCUAACGCUAGCUGACGUUCACGUUUCUAAUACUAGCUAGCUAACAUUAGGGCAGUACAGUAUGCUGGGGGGUAGUUUUUUUUUUUAACAGGUGGCAACUAGGAGGACUAUUGAUGCUGACGAAUCACAGAUAUCAUGUGAUGCAGUUUUGUACUACUUUUAUACUACUAAUAAAAAGUAUAUUAUUUGUUUUUGACCCUUUCCAGCCCCAAUCACCAGAGUAAAAUGUGAACACUACUGAUGCAUUAACAUUUACAUGUGCCAUUUUAACAUGUCUCCAAUAGUUAUUCACAUCACAUGUUUACAACUUGACUCUGACAUCAGGAGGUGGAGGGAUAGUGGUGGACACGAGUACCAAGCCAGUGACCACUGUUGUAGACUGGGUUUCAACAUUCGUUAGUGUGAAACCACUGGGUAUCUUUUAUUGACGAUGGCCGACAGAAUUUCCUGUCAUUCGUAGGCCUGACAGCGCAGCCUGACAUGUUUGUGGCGAUUCUGACAGGUAGCCAGGACAUCUCCAGCUAUGUUUGUGGUGACACAUUCAGGUAUUUCAAGCCAAAACAUGAUCUUUUCCCGACCCUGAACAAGAGCUGUUUGUGCUGAAACAUAACCAUUGUAACAUUUACAAAUUGGGUGUUUUGUUGUUCGGGGUUUAAGCACCUGUUGCAUGCACAGCAGCAUCAAUAAACCAUAAUGUGAUCCAGCGACAACAUUGAUUACUGCCUGCAAACCUUCUCCUUCUCAACCGUCUCUCGUCUGGAUGAAUUCUUGCUUUUUCUCUUUGUUUACAGCACGUUAUAAUGCUGCACGUGGGUUCCUCGCUCUACCCUGAGUAUUACUCACUAAUGCUCAGGUGCCUGAGUCAGAAGCCGCUGAAAUCUCACAAUCUGGGCAAAGUGAUAUAAUUCAUGCUUUAUUCAUUAUUACAGUUAAUACAGUGUGACACAUAUUGUAUAAUACUGAGAGUAUUACACAACUGUGGAGCUUACAUUUUUAUACAAUUUGUCAUAUCAUUUCAUUCCUAUUGUGUUGCUGUUUUUUUAUUGUUUUGGCUCUUAACAUGUGUAUUCGUAUCAUACAUUAUGAAAUUAUAUAAAUCGAUGCAUACUUCCCUUCUUGUAUGUGCAUUGCAACAUAUUUUUCUAAACAGCAAUUGUGUUUUAUUCUCACAGAAAUUAAAGCUUGUGC